AUGGAUGAUACGACUUCCGACGCAGCUCUGCCCGAUGCAGCGGCAAGCAGCACCCCAGUGGCCAUCGACGAACCCUCGACCGGGGAGCCAGCUAUAAAGUCCGAGAACAACCUGCAGGCAGGUUCAACGCAACAUACGUCUCCUGGACCGACAUUACAAUCUAUCGCCGACAAAGCUCUCGACUUCCUCUCGCACGCCUCGAACGAAACACUGGGUGCUUGCCUUGUCGGACUGGGAGCGAGCACGUACCUCGUACUAGGCAGGGUCGGCUUGGUCAUAAUCGGUGUCGCCGGUGGUGUGGUUCUGCAUGCAACAUGGGAGGGCAUUCGUGGCGACAACCGGGAUGUUCAAGUUAAGAAGGUAGAGCAAGAUCGAAGGCGAGAAGUGGGCGUUGAGGUGGCCAGAAGGGUGCUGGAGUGGAGAGAUGGCAGCAAGACAGAGGAAUCCGCGGCGGCCGAAAAGGUGUACGCAAGUCAGGCAUUGGACUAUUCAGGCUUUGGACCAGAGACAUCAGUUGCGCUUGAAAGGUUCACCGACGCUGUGAUCAAGGACUACGUCCACUACUGGUACGAUGCAACGAUUCCAGGCGAGCAAAGCUUUCCAGCAGCAAGUCGACGGACCUUUACGGCUUUCGUGCUUUCGCUUUCAAGUCACCUGGGACGCAAGCGACCCGCUGACACGUUUCUUGACUUUUCUGCCAACGCCAGCUCGAUCAUUAUCGUGCUGCUCAACGAGCUUUCUGUUGCUCUCAAUGCUUCGCCGAACAGUCCUGCCGAAGAAGCCAUCUUGACCUAUCUGGAAAUGAAGCCGGACUGCAGUCUGUCGUACAUGUUGGACGAAGAGGCUCAAAAGAGGAAAUUGAGGGAGUCGUCGGAAGAGAUUCUCCAGGCCUAUCUCGACCCGAAGUCCUACAACUGUCCACCAGUGCAUGCCUUCCUGAAAGAGGUGUUUGCACAACUCAUCCUUGGGUCUACAGUGACUCUGUGCUCAAGACCAGAAUGGAUUAACGAGUGGAUCGUGUACGCGCUUGAGGAGUCGGAAACAGCAAAGGAGGUCAUGGAUAUCGUAGAUGCAGGGGUGGAGGGCAGGACUAGCAGUCCCAAAGCUGAGGCCAACGGCACCCAGCAUGAAAAAGCAGAGAGCGGACAAAUAACUACGCACGGAGGGCCUGAGAGUGUAGCGCAUAAGAGGAAGGUCAGUCGAGCGGAGGAAGCCAUGGACGAAGCUAUGAGGGAAGCUCAGAGGCUCACUCAAAUGAUGAUCGAGGAAGAUCGCCGAAGAGCUUUGGAGGAGAGCAGCAGCCGAGAACUGCCAUCAGUCGCGGAAAGCGCAUCAGAAAUAGCAACCCCAGGCGUACCAACACCGACGUCAAGCCAAAGCGACCUGAAUCAGCAUUCGGAGGUCACCUCCGUCGUGGAGAGUCCCAUCGAAGCGGAACAGAAAUCAGCUGAGCCCGGCUCGCAAUUUACCAGCUUUGAUCAGCUCGGCUCAUCACAACAGGCGACAGCACAUGCAGACGCUUCGGAGCGGGCGCGCCCACAACUCACCCUGCUCGAUGCCAACAUUUCCAUCUUCGACGACAGCGUUCCUGGUGAACGCGGAACUAUCAAGUCAAAACCAACGGGCGACUAUCUGGUACAGAUUGAACCAGCCAACUCGUUCUUCCCUGGGUGGAUGAUUGCACGGAAAUAUGCAGACUUCGAGACUCUGCACGAAGUCAUCAGACGGAUCUCUGUCAUCACCGGAGUGCGUUUCACAGAGACUCAUGCAGAGCUGCCGAAGUGGAAAUCGACCACCAAAGCAUCGCUCCGGACUGACUUGGAGCGAUACUUGAAUGAUGCUGUAAAAUACCAGCCCUUGUCUGAGAGCGAAGGCAUGAAGCGGUUCCUGGAAAAGGAUAGAGGGCUUACCAAAUCGCCCGGCGGUGCUGUCAAAGGAUUCGGCUGGCCAACGCCCGAUGCAUUUGGUAAGCUAGGAGGAGACAUGAUGAAUGUGCUCACGAAAGCGCCGAAGCAAGUGGCCGGCGGCGGCAAAGCUGUGUUCGGAGGCGUCGCCGGACUUGUCGGUGCUGCAGGGAAAAGGCCGAGUCAAUCGCACUCAAGUCCGAGCAGAAAUAGCACCGUCGCAAGCAACGAAGAAUCUAUGUCAUCAAGGCACAAGUCGAAGCCGAGCGCAUUCCAACAGCCUAUGAUGACCGACAGCUAUCUUGGCUCGUUGGGCGAUGACAGGGAGAGCACCGAGUCGCUUCGUGAGCCUUCACUGCCACCGAGGCCACGUCGCGAGAGUGGGUCUACGAUUGCCAGCAUGGAUGCAAGGCACAAGGCUAGCCCAUCAGUCAGCAGGCCCGGCAGUAUUAUCAGUCAGCGCGAGCCACCGAGGUCUGUAGAGGCGUCGCCCAGAGUCUCGACGACACAACUGCCUUCGGCGGAUGCGAGGCUUGAGGAAACCAUCAAUCUGCCACCGCCGCCUUCGGAAAUGCCGCCGGACUAUGCCUUCCCUGCGACUCCAGGAAGGAAUAGCAUCGAGACUUCUCGGUCCUCCGUGGCAGACCCCCGCAUGUCGCAGUCUAUCGAGCUCGACAGGUCCUCGACCUCAGCCGAACAAGGCUCAGACAAUGCCACUGCGAAGUCCGAGACCAUGCAGAAGAAACCGCUGAGUGAUCGCGAGACAUCUGUGGCAGUGGAGCUGAUGUUCGCCGUCAUCUCAGAGCUUUACACUCUAUCUGGUGCCUGGCAAAUCCGGCGCACUCUCCUCACCGCGGCCAAGACGUUCCUUUUGCGACCCGGAAAUCCCCAAUUAGCUUCGAUCAAAGAGCUGAUCCAGUCAUCUCUUCUCGAUGCGAACUUUAGCGACGCGGGCGUUGCUCAUCAUAUCUAUAAGAUGCGGGAGAAUGGGUUGCCGACCGCAGAGGAAUUGGAAGUUCGGAAUCGCGAUUAUCCAGAGAAGACUCACGAGCAGAAGGAAGAGCUGCGAAUCAAAGCGCGGAGGCUCUUGGUGACCAAGGGCAUGCCGCAAGCACUGACCAGCGUCAUGGGCGCUGCCGCUAGCGGAGAGGCGCUCGGCAAAGUGUUCGAUUGUUUGCAGGUCCCUGGCGUCAGUCGCGGCCUCAUUUUUGGACUCAUGUUACAGGCUUUGAGGGUGAUAACGGACUGA